GUCCUACGUCAUCAGUCCGCGCUAAGGGCACGUUGGGCCCGCUUCGCUCAAGAGAGUCGUUACUUUGUUGUCGCCGACAAUGAGCUGCGCCCGGUGGGUGGCGUCUGGCUCCCGGUGGCGGCUGUGCUCCGGUGCCCCGCGACCCCUGUCAGCUUAUGGAAGAAGAAUCAGUGUCAGAUUUUGCAGCUCAAGAAUGACUUUAGACAAUAUCAAUCGGGCAGCUGUGGAUCGAAUUAUCCGUGUGGAUCAUGCAGGUGAAUAUGGAGCAAACCGCAUCUAUGCAGGGCAGAUGGCUGUCCUGGGUCGCACAAGUGUCGGGCCAGUCAUUCAGAAAAUGUGGGAUCAAGAAAAGGACCACUUGAAAAAGUUCAAUGAACUGAUGGUUGCAUUCAGGGUCCGGCCGACGAUUCUGAUGCCCUUUUGGAACGUGGUGGGGUUUGCAUUAGGCGCAGGAACCGCCCUGCUUGGGAGGGAAGGAGCGAUGGCCUGCACUGUGGCCGUGGAAGAGUCCAUAGCACAUCACUACAACAACCAGAUCAGGACACUGAUGGAGGAGGAUCCUGAAAAAUAUGAGGAGCUGCUUCAGGUGAUAAAGAAAUUUAGGGAUGAAGAGCUUGAGCACCAUGACAUAGGCCUGGAACAUGAUGCAGAACUGGCUCCAGCAUAUGCCAUUUUGAAGAAGGUUAUCCAGGCUGGAUGCAGCGCAGCGAUAUAUUUGUCAGAAAGAUUUUAAGAGGAUGGCUUCUCUAUUUGACCCUAACAGGGAAACCAUAAAUGGUAGAGAUUUGGAUGCUAUGGAGAGAUUCAGAUACCACCAAAAAGUGACCAGUCUUCAAAACUAGGCACCUUUUCUAGGUGCCUGCUCAUCAUUAAAUUAGUAUGUUACCAUAUUCCUGACAUCUUUUUCUGAAAAAUCCCUGCAGACUUUACCCUGUCUCUGUUGAAAUCAAAAUCAAAACACUUGUGUGAAACUCAGCACACCUGUCUUCUUUACCAGCCUGUCCGUCCCAUCUCCAUGGAAAUCAUUUAUUUCAGUAGAAAGAUACCAAAAGUUAGGCGAUGAGCUCAAGUGGAAUUCAAGCUGCAUGUCUGUGUACCCCCCAAUUUAUAUGUUGAAAUCCGAAACUC